AUGAUAAGGGAAAUUGACAAUCGCUUUGUUCUUCGCUCUGCAAGAAAUACUAACAGAAAAAUCAGAAAGAUUAGUGAUGUUUUGAGUGGAGAAAUCCCACAUUCAAAGGAGCACCACUGUCUUCGUUACAAACAUUUGGUUAUUGGAAAAUUCACAGCUUUAGUUGUUGGGUUCAUCAAAGACUACCUGGAACCAUUUGAUUUGUCGCAUAUCCUGAACGUACACGACAAUUCCCCAGUGAUAAAAUUUAGCAGUGCAUCAGCCACUCUCCCAGUCGGUGGAAAAUUUAAGGUGGUGUUUCGGGCUUUGUAUGACCGCUCAAAGUACGGAGUAAACUAUGGACUAGCACUAAUUAGCAAUGUAUCCAUCAGCAGUGGAAUUUGUGAAAUGUGCGAUGCAACUGAAUUCAGCUGCAGUCGUAGUAGAGACGAGUGCAUUCCCCUUAACAGAGUCUGUGACGUGAAACCUGAUUGUCUUAUGGAGGAAGAUGAGAAAGACUGCGUUUUUGAUAUCAUAAAAAGCCAAUGCAGAGAAAACAAUACUUCGUCUGGGGAUGAAAAAAAUAAGAUAGGAGAUGUCGACAAAGAAUCCCGUUUUAUACCACAGUGGCAUUCAUGUCCAAAUGGAAAUAACUAUUCCUUAAACUAUACGGAGAAAUGUUCCUUUUACUGCCCUCCUCACUGUGCAUGUCAUGGACUGUCUUUAAAUUGCUCCUCCAUUCAUAAUUUACCGACACAUGCUACCUCCAUUACACUACACGGCCUGGUAGGAGAGAUGCUCAUUUUCAAUGAAAGGUUUACUAAUUUGAAAAAGUUACAAAUUACAUCCUGUGAAUCGUGCGUCCUGUAUAUCCAUAAAACUGUGGCAGUAAAUACAGUAAUAAUCAAUAACAGCGAAUUCCAAUCCAUUUACAUCGAUGAUGUUAGAGAUAAUGUACGUCAAUUAACUAUAUUCAACAGCUUCAUUGGAAGCAUGAAUCUCUCACAGAAAUAUCAGCACAGAAUGGAGUGGAAUGUUCAAAACAGCUCACUGAACGCGACAAAAUUUAAGAUUAAAAAGCUUUUGGGAAAUCGUGCAGACAUGUCGCAGACACGGGGAUUUCCAAAUCUUAUUGAACGAUUUGAUCACUUAGUAGUCAACUACAGUUCUUGUAAUUUAGCGGAGAAAACAACAUUUUAUAUAAAAACAAUAACUUUAGAUCUUAGUCGUAACAAGUUAAAAAGUUGCAAAAUACUGUGUUUCACGCAAAAGUUAUACCUUCAGUAUAAUCUUUUCGAAACAGUUAAUAUAUCUAUUGACACUAGGCAAUCGGAGGCCCGCAUACAGUAUCUCGAUCUUUCGUACAAUCAAAUCAAUGUUGUGGAAACUAAUCCUUUUAAUGACCUACCCAAUCUUCUUUAUUUAAAACUUAAUAAAAAUCGUAUCGUAAAUAUUCACAAAGAUAGUUUUUCAAAACUGUAUGAUCUUUUUCACCUAGACUUGUCAAAUAAUCAAGUCCAUUAUUUGACACGUGAUCAUUUCAUUCGUCUCACUAGUUUGCAGUAUCUUAACCUUCAAAACAACCAACUCAAUGUAAAAGAGGGCAUGUUUGAUGGUCUUAUAAGUGUACAGUAUUUAUUGGUGGAUCAUUUCGCGUUAUGUUGUGCACAACCUAAGGCUGAAAGUAAGAUUCAGUGUUUGGCUCCAGUCAACGAAAUUUCAUCUUGUGAUCAUUUGAUUGACACGCCAUUUCUUGGUAUUGUUAUUUGGUACAUAGCUCUUGUAGCGGUCUUUGGAAACCUCUGUGGGAUUCUGUUUAGAUAUAUCAUGAUGAAGAGAAAAUCAAUGUCAUCAUUUGCCCUAUAUUCAAUAAAUUUGGGCGUCGCAGACUUUCUGAUGGGUGUAUAUCUCUACAUCUUAGCAGGAGCUAAUCUAACCUUUAGUGGGCGAUACGGGUUUGCAGAUGAGUGGUGGAGACAUAGUCCAAUUUGUACGAUAGCUGGUGUAAUGGCCACUCUUUCUAGUGAAACAUCUGCUCUAUUUGUACUUUUGAUAACCAUUGAUAGAAUUCACAUGAUAAGAUCCCCUUUCUCUAAACUGAAGGAAAAUGGAAGAAUUCCCAAAUUUCUCUCUGGGUUAGUGUGGACCUUUGCUCUUUUGUUAUCAGUGCUGCCUUUACUUUGGGGUGACUAUUUUCAUGACUACUAUUCUGGUUCCGGGGUAUGUAUUUCUUUACCUCUCUCUGUACAGCGUAAACCUGGCUGGGAAUAUUCUAUGAUAAUAUUUGUUGGGGCCAACUUCCUAAUCUUCAUAGGAAUAUUGAUAGGUCAAGUAGUGAUAUUUACCAAUGUUGUAAGUGCUGGGAAAAAACUACAAGGAGGCCACUCUACGCAAAAUCGGAAUGAAACAUCCUUGGCUAAAAUUCUGAUUGCGGUUGCUGUAACGGAUCUGUUAUGUUGGAUACCAUUAGGUACCAUUGGUCUUUUGACGUUCGUUGGCGUUCAUAUCACACCGAAGGUGUAUGCCUGGGUGGUGGUCGUAGUUCUCCCUAUAAACUCGGCAUUGAAUCCUCUCAUUUAUACUUUUUCUGCGAUUAUUAAACAGAUCAGCUAA